UGAGUUUCGACUCGUUCUUCGCGGAAUCGCCAUAUUUUACGGAUCGAACAAGAGGAUUGACAACGCCAUUGAGUGGAUUGUGUUAUUUUUCGGCGGUUCGUCGAGUGUUUUUAGUAAAAUAGCGAGCGCUGAGCGUUGCGUGUUUUUCACUGCUGUUUAUUGAGAAUUUGAUAUCACGCUGAAACGAAUCACUGCAACGGAAGUUGAAGUGUGCAAACAACAUGUACAGCAAUAACAUUGAUCCUUGGGAACCUGGCUAUGGGCCAGAAAGAAGAAGUCACAAUUCUGAUUAUGAUUAUCGCAAUGAUUAUGGAAGUAACAGAUCACCAGAGUAUUCGGAACAUCGUGAUGUUGAUCACCGUGAUAAGGAUCAUCGUAGUCCAGACUACAGAAAUCAUCGUGGAAGAGAUAGGGAUCGUGAGAGAGAUCGUUCAAGGGACAGGAGAGAUCGUAGCAGAGACGAUCGUGAUCGCAGUUAUAGGGAUCGCGAAGAUCGUUAUGGAAGACAAAGAGACAGAGACUCUGUAGAACGGGACAGAGAUAGAGAUAGGGACAGAGACAGAGAUAGAGAUCGUUCUAGACGUGACAGGGAUCGGGACAGAGAUAGGGACCGUAGGGGAAAACGUGACGAUCGGGAUCGUGAUCGCGACGACGAUCAUAGUCGAGAAAGUUUGGACUUUGAACAUGACCAUGGUCGUGCCUAUAGCUCGUCCAUGGAAGGGAUCCACUACAAAUCACAAUCGCCUAACAACACCAUAAUGAUACGUGGGCUUGCUCAACAUAUUACUGAAAAUGACGUGCGGCAAGACAUCCUCAAUUGUGGUCUUAUGCCUAAGGACAUCAGGCUGAUUCGAAAAAAAGAUACAGGUGCUUCGCGAGGUUUUGCAUUCGUCGAGUUUAACGCGACUCAGGAGGCCGCACGGUGGAUGGAGAUGAAACAGGGAGUGCUGAUGCUGCAGGACCAAUAUCGCGCAUUGAUGCAGUACAGUAUCCCGAAAGAGUGUCAUGUGGAUAAACCGCCAGCCAAAAAUACACAGGAUUGGCACUGUGUUAAGUGUGGAGCGCAUAAUUUUAAGCGACGCGAGACUUGCUUCAAAUGUUCUGCCUCGCGAGCGGAGAGCGAGGAAGGCGGAGAAGGCAGCGACGAAAUCAGUCCACAUCCCACGAACACCGUACUUUUACGGGGAUUAGAUGUAUUAACGACCGAGGAUUCGGUUCUACAAGCGAUGAAGAACUUGUCAUCAAUGCCAAUACGCAGUAUUCGCAUCGGUCGUGAUUCGCUUACAAAUACAUCUCGGGGGGUGUGCUAUCUGGAAAUGGGCAACGUAGUGGAUGCAAUGUACUUGCAUACUGCACUCACAAAACAAGGACUGAUAGUCGACGGCAGAAAGGUGGAGAUAACAUAUUGUAAACUUCAUCAAAUUAAUAACACGAACGCGUGGAAGUCGAACGAUGCCCAACCGCAAAGAUAUACCCUGGACGAUGUCGCUCAAUUGGCUGAAUACAGUGCCAAUUUGUAUGCCAAAACACCUGCGCAGAAGGCCCAUUACCUUCAGUAUUACACGCAGUACUAUCAAAAUCAGAUAAUGCAGGGCUCGGCGAUCACAUUGCCAUCUUUAAAUCAGACAGACCGAGUAAAUGCGGCCGCGGCGGUGGCACAAUCUGCUAUACAACAAUUACAAGCGUCUAGGAAAUUAGGAGGCGAUACCGAUGAUGUGAAGGGGCGACCAACCCCUACAGCACCAUCUAGUACAACGUUAGCGAGUGGCAGAGUUCCUGCACACUCCAGUGAUGGAAAAGUAUACUCUGUACCGGAUGUCAGCACUUAUCAUUACGAUGAAUCAUCUGGCUACUAUUAUGAUCCUAGUACCGGAUUAUAUUAUGAUCCGAAUUCGCAAUAUUAUUAUAACAGUCAUACACAACAGUUUCUUUACUGGGACGCUGAAUCAUUUUCUUAUCAACCAGCUAAGACCACUGCGAGUACAACGCAGGGUGCUGCAAGUACAAUAACAACGACGGCAAGUGGUACAGAUUCCGCGAUCACAAUCGGCAAUCAGGCUACGACUUCAUCAACCACUAAUAUAGUUCAAGAGGCGUCGAAAGAGGAUGAGAAUAAAAAGAAAGACACCAAGCAGGAUAAAGUGAAAGUAGCAAAGAAAAUAGCAAAGGACAUGGAACGUUGGGCUAAAACAUUGAAUCAGAAAAAGGAAAACGCGAAGAAUAAUUGGAAUUCGGAAUUUGCCGGUGCGGAUGGCAGUCAGGGUAUCGGUGGCAGUGGUGCGGCGGAUGCGGGAUACGCCAUUUUGGAAAAGAAAACUAUUGCGACUCCUUAUCACGAGGACGAGGAUCAGAGUGGUAAUGGAUUGGUAGCCGCUUACGGUGGUGGUAGCGAUACGGAAGAGGAAAUAGAAGAUGUGCAACAGGAAGAGAAACAGCAUACUGAUUGGAGUAAACUGGCAUGUUUACUCUGCAAACGACAGUUCCCGAGUAAGGAGGCGUUACUCCGACACCAACAGUUAUCCGAUCUCCACAAGCAGAAUUUGGAAAAUUGGUAUCAAGUACGCGGUCUAGAUCCUAACGAUCCACAGCAAAGAAACAACAAAUACAGAGACCGUGCUAAGGAAAGGCGAGCCAAGUAUGGCGAACCCGAACCACCACAACCCAAUAAAUUGAAAGAGAAAUACUUGAAAACUAGAGUGGAGGAGAUGUCGGUAUCUUACGAGGAACCUACGCGAGCCGGUAUUGGUUCAGACAACGUUGGCAAUAAAUUACUGCAAAAAAUGGGCUGGAGCGAAGGGAUGGGCUUAGGAAAAUCUAAUCAAGGUAGAACGAGUAUUAUUGAAGCCGAAAGACGCGUCCCUACGGCUGGAUUAGGUGCGAAGACUUCGUCAUAUAGCGCAUUACCGGGCGAUACUUAUAAGGACUGCGUGAAAAAGAUGAUGUACGCGCGAUAUCAAGAACUAUCUGAUACGUAAUAGGUAAGGUAAUAUAUAUAAGGUAAUAUAUAUAUAUAUAUAUAUAUAUAUAUAUAUAUAUAUAUAUAUAUAUAUAUAUAUACAUACACACACACACACAUAUAAGUUUACUCGUACUCGAUUUUCCAUAGACAUAAUUACACUCUCGUAUUGUUAUCAUUCGAAUACUGUAGUUACUUGCCAAUAAUUGCACAGUGAUCAAUUCCUGAAACUGUGUGUAUACUCUAUGCAAUAUAUAUGCAUUUCAUAUAUUCUCGUAUAAAAUUCUGUUUUCAUAUGCUUCAAGAUAAUGGCAUAUUGUAGAAAUCUCGUUUUCUUUUUUGUAAUAUAUAAAAAUACAAUGUACUGUCAAGAUUCAUAUACACAUACACAUAUAUGCCAUUUUCUACUUUUAUUUAUAUAACGGCGGUGUCACACUUGCGAAAGAAAAUAACUCUCUCCUUUUAAUCCUUUUAAUUAUAUUAUUUCUGAUUUUUUCAAUAGUGGAUUUUUGAUAUAGAAAAAAUGAAUCACUCUAUUGAAAUAGUCGAUUAUGAGUUGUUAUUGUUCAAUGCAAUAAUAUUCUUCACAAAGAAUAUAAUAUGUACAGUUGAGUGUAUAUCAAUAUGAGUGGUAAAAAAAAAUUGAUGGUGAACAAAUCUGAUCGUGAAAAAUUCUCUUUAAAAUUGUAAGCAAUACAGAAAAUCACAAGUUAAAUAUUUUGAAGCAUAAUAAAAUGUUCAUUGACCUAACAAGUGAGUUGUAUGAACAAUAUCACUUUAUUAUGAAUAUUGUUACGCAUUAUUAGAAAUACAUUAUUAGAAGUACUUUUUUAAUAUGUUCAAAAAGAGAAAUAAUUUGCUUCGCAAAACUACUGUGUUAAUUUGCUGCUUCUAUGAAAAAAAAAUAUACAUAAUCUGUUCUUAUUAUUCAAGAUAUUUUGAUUUUUAUUAACGCAUCUUAUAUUUAUUAUAUCAUAACGAAAUGUAAUAAAUUCCUUCAAUCUAAUUAUAUCAAACUGAAUAUAAAGAUAUAUUUUUGGAUAGUACAUUUAUUCUUGUACACUUUUUUUUAUGAUUUUUGGAGAUAAUACAUUUUACACUUGUCACUAUACAUACACAUUUCUAACAUCAUUCUUACAAUUUAUUACUAUUUUUCUAAAAUUAUCGUGCGAGAUUCAUGUAUUUAAUAACAUCAAGAAGAAUUAAUAAAUAUACAUGCGAUAUAUAUUAUUGCUCGCAUGAUGGAAACACGUGAAUAUUUUCUAUACAUAUUAACUUUUCUAAACUUGCUUAUUUGACUCAAUCAUCAUUCUCAUUCAAUAUCUCUUUUUCAAAUAAAUAUGAUCGAGUAACACAAUAUUAGCAAUAAAGAAUAAAAAGUACUCAAUCUGUCUCUGAGUCUAUUAAAGAUUACAUAAAAAAAAAUAACUCGAUAAAUAAUAUUAUUUAUAGAAAUAUAAAUAUAUCGAGAUAUUUUGUUAAUGUAUAAUUUAUAAAUUUAAUCACCUUUAUUUAUAUUUAAUCAAUUCUAUUAGUAUUUUUCGAGGUUUAUUACAAAUCUUAAAUAUGUGAUGAGAGGAUAUACAUUUGAAAUAAAAAUAGAGAGAGAGAGAGAGAGAUAUGCUGUUAUAUAUAAUAGAGUGUGUAUACAUAUAAUAAUACUAUAAUCUAUACUUUCACACAAAAGUCAAAAAAGAAGAACACACUGGAAUGUUAAAUAUUACUUUUUUUUUAGAGUCAUAAUCUAAGCUUAGUAAAACAAUAAAAUUUUGUAUUUCAUCAUUUUAAAUAUAUUCCUUAUAUAAUAUAUAAUAUUUUUUUUAAUAUUCACAAAAUGUAGAUCAGUAUAACAUUAUAUACUAGUUAUCUUAUAUUUACAUUUUCAUUUCUACAGUCGUUUUUCUCUUUAAUAUUUAAUAUUAAAUUAAUACAUAUUUAUAAUACUUCAGUGUUAUAAUAUGACACACCUUAUAUAAUCAUUUUACUAUCAUUUCACUAUCAUCUUUAUUAUAUUCAGAGAUAUAAAGCAAAAUAUUGGAUAUUUCUAUAUUAAGUGAUUUACAAUUUAUAGAAAAGUGAAGAUUAUAAUAAAUUGUUACUAUAAUCGUUAGUAAACUGAACAAUAUUAGAGAGAAUUCUCUAAUUCAAUUGCAUUUAAAUAUUUAUACAAUAUUACAUCAGACUUUAUUUUAUAACAGAAAAAGUUUAUUUAUUUUAUAUCUAAAACUAGGAACAAUCACAAUGUACCAAAAUCACUGUGUUAUUAUAACACAAGAGAUAUAAAAAGACCAAAAUCUCUUUGAGCAUGUAUAAGGUCAGUAUUAAAUAUCUUACAACCAAAGAUUAUAUAAUGUACUUUCUAUUAUGAAAUGGAUUCUUGUGCCAUUAAAUAGCUACAAUUCUUUUAUGUAUAUAAAUAUGAUGAAAAUAUGAGAUUAAAUAAUGAUUUAGAAUAAAAGUAUAUUAUAUAUCUUCAAGUAAUAUAAUAUUGCUUCUUAUUUUGAGGAAUUGUGUAAAAAAAUGGCUUUUUUUAUGAUGACAGUCUUCAACACAUUACCUUAUCAGUUACAUAACUACAUUAUUAUUUUUUGUACAAACUAUUAACUAAUUACAAACUAUUAAUUUAUUACAAUACUGCUAUUGAAAAAAAGCAUUAUUUUGAUUGUAAAAAAUAUUUGUUGCAGGCUUAGAAUUUUUCAAAUUUUAAUACACAAAAGUGCAAUAGUAUUUUAAUCAUCACUCAUAAAUAACAUUGCGAGAUUUAAUCAUAUGUUCUAUCACAGCAUGCCAGCAAUUAUAUUUGUUUGACUAGUGUAUUUCGUAUAAGAUAAAAUUUUUUGAUGCUACUGGAAAAUAAAUAUACUAUAACUCAUAAUCAGCCAAUUUAUAAAAAAUAUGUGCUAUAUAUAUAUAUAUAUAUAUAUAUAUA